CACCCACAACAGACUGGCACAACCAGGAGCUGCCCAGAUCACUAUGGCAACGGACCACCAGAAACCAGCAUCCAAGCAGCAGCAGCCAGCCAGUAGUGCUUUUAAGCUGAUCAUCUAUGAACAGGAGAACUUCCAGGGCCAAUGCCAUGAGCUGACUGGGCCCUGUAACAAUCUCGAAGAGGCGGGCGUGGAGAAAGUGGGCUCGAUACUGGUGCUGUGUGGACCGUGGGUGGGAUAUGAGAAGCCUGGCUGCCAGGGUGAGCAGUAUGUGUUUGAGAAGGGCGAGUAUCCUCGCUGGGACACCUGGACCAACAGCAGACGCAGUGAAUGCCUCUUCGCCUUCCGCCCCAUCAAAGUGGAUGGACAGGAACAUAAGAUCAUGCUGUUCGAGAACGCUGGCUUCUCAGGGAAGAAGAUCGAGAUCAUAGAUGACGACGUUCCCAGUUUCCACUCGCAUGGUUACCACGAGAAAGUCUGCUCCGUCAGGGUGCAGUGCGGAACGUGGGUGGGCUACCAGUAUCCAGGCUACAGAGGCUUCCAGUACCUGUUCGAGAAGGGCGAGUACAAGGAGGGCUCCGAGUUUGGUGCCCAGCAGCCUCAGAUCCAGUCCGUGAGACGCGUCCGUGACAUGCAGUGGCACCAGAGGGGUGUCUUCCACGCCCCCAGCAACUAAGCAUCACAACUCCCAAAUACCUCUCCACCCCAUCCCACCCAGCCCCUCACCAUUCCCUUUCCUUUCCUGUACCCCAACAUCCAUCUCACGCCCGUGUCCCUGACCACCUGUAAUUUAAACACCUAUGACCUCCCCGACCCACUCACACACCCACCCAUGACCACUAACCCCCCUCCUCCCUGUGCCCAAGUGCCUUAGCUGUAGAAUAUCUUCAUUCGAUAUCCAUGCCAAGUGCUAUGACAUUUUGCCCCUUUAAUGCUGCAUCAUUUUCAUGCAU